AUGUCAUUCGCAAAGACCCACCAAAUUCUACUCACUCAGUCGAUCAGCGAUCAGUCGCGAUGGGGAGAGGCCAUCAAGAAGUCUGGCCAUGAGGAUACCUGCCGUAUUGGUUGCGAUUUCGCUGCCUCUGAGAUCUAUGAUGCCAAGACUGGCAAGUAUGACCUCGACUUCAAGAACCCCGAGCCUCAUGCCGAUGCCGAGCUGACCGGUGAUGAGUUCAUCAAGUACCAGGAGGAUCUUAUGAACAAGUAUCCUUUCGUCUUCAUUGAGGAUCCCUUCGAUGAGAACGAUUGGGCGACCUUCGCCAAGUUCACCGCCAAGGACGGUAAGGAGAUCCAGAUUGUCGGUGAUGAUCUUCUUGUUACCAACCCCAAGCGUAUCCAAAAGGGUAUCAACGAGAAGUCUGUGAACGCCCUUCUUCUCAAGGUUAACCAGAUAGGUUCAAUCACCGAGUCUAUCGAGGCCAACAAUAUGGCCGUUAACGCCGGCUGGACCGUCAUGGUUUCCCAUCGUUCCGGUGAGACUGAGGAUACCUUCAUCGCCGAUCUUGUCACUGGUCUUGGCACUUGCCAAAUCAAGACUGGUGCCCCCUGCCGUACUGAGCGUCUUUGCAAGUACAAUCAGCUUAUGCGUAUUGAGGAGGAGCUCGGUGAUAAGGCCACUUACGCUGCGGGCCGCAAUUUCCCUCGUUGUCAGUAA